AUGGACAGAAGCAUGGUGCUGUUGGCGCUGCUGCUGCUUCUUGUCUCCUCUGCAUCUGCCUUAGAUGCUCAAGGUGAGCUAGAAGACUGCAUAAACUCUCUAGAGAUCCUGUCGCCGUGCGAAGCAGUCAAUGCGAGAGGCGGGAUGCCGUCGACGGACUGCUGCGGCUCCUACAAGAUUCUGAAACGCUACUGGCCCCUUUGCCUGUGCACGUUCCUCAGGGAAGCCGCCAUUAAAUCUUCCGACUACUACUCCGAUCACCAUGCCGACCUCUACCAGGCAGCCCAGAUUUGCGGCGUCCCGCACGCCGUCACAGACUGUCCAGCGGUAUUGGGGCUGCCACCGGAUUCGGAUGAUGCACAAAUGUUUAAGUUGGAAAAUACGCAUCUGAAUGUGUCGGCGGAUGCACCAGCGGGAUUGAGCUCUUCGCUUAAAGAGAGUCGUGGAGAGAGCAGCCUGAAGACCUAUGGGCUUGGAUCCAUGGUAAGCUUGAUGGGAGCUGUUGCAUGGGCGCUAGCCUAAGACCAGGCAUGAACUAGCUGAGCCAAGACAUCCAUGGCGAUCUUCAGUUCCUCCAUCUCUUUUAUGUGUGUCCUCAUUGCUGUCAAUCUCAAUGGUUUGAAAAUGAAAAAUACAAAGGACUUGUUCCAAUCCUCUUUUUCA